AUGGACACGCUGGAUGAUGAGCAAAAGGCCCUGCUGUGGCGAAAUUUAUUGAGCAUUGUUAGUGUAAUUGGAGGUUUUCGACCCUCAGAAGAUAUCACCAAAUUGCGAAAUGAGAACGAACAGUUACGACAGGAGAACCGACUUCUUCGAAAGCAACUUGAAACGUUCACUCAGACGACACCUAGAGUUGCGAGAACGUCACAAAGCGAGAUAUAUGAUGAAGACCCUGAUUUGACGGAUAUUUCACCCACAAAGUCCGAACAAGACUCGCAAACCUCUAAUGUGUCGAAUGUUAGUUUUCCAAAGAGAAGGUUGUUAGAGGAAAGCCUUGAUUUUGAUAACGUUAAAAAGAUCAGAGUAGAAUCUGAUGUGGAUGUAUCGCAGAUUUACGAUUCACAAGGUAGUAAUCAGCACGAAGAGUGUGUUGACUUUCACAGUCUAUUGAGCAAUAAAAAAAUCAAUCUAACCGGGAAUCCUAAAAUGAAUCGGCCGUGGUAUCGUGAGGAUUUCACUACAAAUCCCGAAUACGUGGAAUAUAUCUCUGACAGGGGAGUCCCGAUAAAAAUGCUUCCUCCUCAUAUUCGUAAGUAUUAUAUUAGACAGAAGGACUACAUCAGAAAACUUGCGAUAAAGGGUUUUGAAGUGGAAGAUUCCCCUCUCAAAGACAAGGAGAACUGUGACUUUGGAGGACCUGUAACUCCAGUGCAAAAUCCAGAUAUAUACUAUUUAGAUUCCAGCAUAAGGGAAGUUUGUAAGUAUGAAAUCAACGCAUCCAAUCUUGACAAGUACUUAAAGACCUACCCAAAUAUCUUGAAAAGUGACACGGCUAGAGAAUGGGAGGUGGAAGAUAGCCUGCAAACCAGUGAUGUAUGUGCCGACUUUUUGUUAACACAAGAAGUUUUAGAACGAAACGCAAUGGCACGUGAGCGUUCCGGAUUGAAGGGACUACAGAUGCUAUUCCAGGCAUGUCUUGUAGUUGAAGGCGGUAAACAAGUGGGCAAGUACGUUUUCAAAAAGGAGGAAUACAAUACCCUGGUAUGUUCUGGAAAUUUUGUCAUAGACCUUGGUGUUUUUGCAUAG